UUUGUUCAAAAGUAUUGUUGUUGAUUGUACUUUUGGGUCUAAGUUACAAAAAUAUCAAAUUAGUUUUGACCUCUCAUUCAUAUUAGGUUGUACCACCUUUAUAUGCUAAGUCUUAAAUUUCUUUUCAACUAGGACUUAUAGAAUAUAAACUGUUGGGAACUGGAUGAAUCGUCCGUCAUGCGCUACUAACAAAGAUGCACGAAAAAUAGAGAAAAUCGAAUGAACGGUAAAAGAAAUAAAUGCAGAAAGAAGAAACCAAGAUUUACGUGGUUUGGCAAUUGCUUACGUCCACAGGAAGAGCGACAGAGAUGUAUUCCACUAUAUGAAGCAAUAGAAGUACAAUCUUACACCUUAUGUCUUCUUCGAAUAAAAACCAAGAGCCUUAUGGUGAAUCCCACCUUUCUCUUGUUCCAACGAAAACUCCAAGAAAAUACCGAAAAAGCUUUUCGUAAAAUCGAGAAGACCAAAUUAGAGAAGUAUAGAAAACUCUAACCAAAAUCCUUUAUGCCGUUGCUUCGAAGAAUCCGAACCGCUCAGGCAAUUUGGUCGAGAACCGCCGCUCCGUGAUGCAGCAAAUAAAUCUCGUUUUAUUUUCGAAUGCAAUUUUCUUUUAUUUUGUAGGUUUGUGUUUGAUUCGGACUUAAAUCAUUUAGUUUUAGUUGAUUUGGCUAACCCAAAAAAACAAUUUCCCAAAAAGAAGCCUUUGAAAUUUCCAAAAUUCCUUCGUUUUCUAUGCAUGACUCUUGGAUGACUGUGUUGUGUUGAAAACGAAAAGACAAUAAUUUAUUAUCGGAGGGCUCUCAAUACUAUAAAUACAUGGUUUUUGAAGCCUUAAGAUAUAAUUUUAGAUGAAUAGAAAAUUCUACUCACUCUUUAUCCUUGGUGUUCUACUUUCCGGUGAGAUCAUCGACGCUUCUUCCUCGCGCCGAGAUCUUCUUCCUCGACUUGAUCGUUGUCACUUCUUCCUCGUGACAAGAUCGGCUUCUACUUCUACCUCUCCUUUGCUUCCAAGUUACUACUUUAUCUUCUUCUUCCCCGUUGUCGAAGUUCUACUCGUGGUGUACCGCCCUCCUCGUCGAUCGUGGACCCUCCGCAAUCGUGUGAACGAUAAUUGGAGUGCGAAGGCAAUUAGGAGAAAGACAACAGGCACUGGUAGGAUGAGAUAUCUUCGUCACGUGCCUAGUAGGUUCAAGAGCAACUUCAGAGAAGGAAGUCAGGCGGUAGUAUCUAAGAAGGCUGGAAUUGCUGCAACCGCUUAGAGCAAAAACUGCCUGUUCACUUUAGGCCGGAAACUGUGAGAACCAUUUCGUUCUAUUUUGUUCUGAUUUUCUGCUGCUGUUCUAGUCAUGCACUCUUCUGUCGUUUGAGACAUGAAGAUACUAUUCAUUGCAUGCUUAAUUUGUUUGAAUUCUGAGACGAAGUUCGGCUUUUCUAGAGAUAUCGUAUUUGAAGUUUUGAGGUUAUCAACAUAUUUGUUUGAUGGCCUCUGUUUUUGUUUUUCUGUUUUUUCGGUAGUCUUGGGAAAUGUACUGUGAAAGCUCCCAGAGUAAAUUGCAUGAUACGAUUGGUUAUUGAUCUCGUUCAAA